GAACUAACAAACAAGAACUAUAGCUGAGCGAAUGACUUCUGUCUGUGUGGUUUCUUGGUUGAAUAUCAGGGUCAUAUGGCGCGCCACAGGUAGCCAACCUUACCACUGUGAUAACGGAAGGCAUGUGAUUAUGUUUAUUCAAGGUAAUCAUAUAAUCUCUGAUCGCUUUAAUGAACUCGAUAUAGUAGCCUAGGCUACUCUGUGAAACGUUAAGAGUACUGAAAUGUCCGCGCAAGGGUUGCUGAGCAGCGUUUUCUCGUGCUCCUCGCCAACAUCCAAAACAAUGUCCAAACGGAGACUGAGAAAGACUAGAAGUUUGGACCCAGCUUUGAUAAAACGCUAUGGGACCGAAACGGAUGGGACAUCUGGUCAAGCAGAUGAUCAAAAGUCGCCUUAUUUAGGUGCAAAUCAUGGUGGGUACCUCCGAGCCUCAAACGAAAGCCUCUCCAAACUAGAUGCGCACCUUACAGCGGGAGUAAAACACUGUCAGUCAGCAUCCUCAAGCCUGUCAAUAUAUUUGGAUACUUCUGACCAUUUCGACAAUGAUUCAAAAGCCACCAAAAGAAGCCCCAAUACUCCAACCGGAAGCUCAAGCACUUUAUUUUCACCUAGAAAGUGGCUUCAAAGGAAGCCAUCUCCACCACCCAUCCCUCAAUCAUAUGCUGCAUGGAAAUCUGAAGAUGACUUCACGUGGAACAGCAUGUCAGGGCGGAGCGUGCGCCUGAAGCCGGUGCCCCUCCAGAGCCUCUCAGAGUUGGAGAGAGUUCACCUGCAGGAAGUGGCCUUAAGCAGGCUGCUCCAGGACUACGACCUGAGCUGCCAGAUCACCAUCCCCAAAGAUGGUCAAAAGCAUAAGAAGUCACUCAGGAGGAAGUUGGAUUCAUUGGCCAAAGAGAAGAGUAAAGAAAAAGAGUCUAUGCCCCAGGCCUUCGGCAUACCGCUGUCGCAGGUGAUCUCUAACGACCAUGCCCAGAAGCAGCGUCAGGAGCUCCAGACCCAGUGCGAGGAGCACCUUGAUGCCAGUGACCUGGUGUCCUCCCUGCUGCACCUCACCUCCCGGAGGAGCACUAAGGACAAGGAGAUGUCAAGCAGCAACUCCUCCCUCAGCUCCACCUCCGAGACGCCCAAUGAGUCCCCUUCGCCCAACACGCCCGAGGCAGCACCACGCACAUGCAGAAGGGGAGGAGUGUCUGUGGAUUGCAUCACUGACCUGGAUGACAACCAGUCUCGUCUGCUGGAGGCCCUGCAGCUGUCCCUGCCAGCCGAGACGCCAAGCAACAAGAAGAAGCAGAGGGACAAGAAUCUCAGCCUCAACCACAUCUUUCGACAGGUGCCCAGGGUAGUGGAGAGCUGCUGCCUGCACCUAGAGAAACAUGGUCUACAGACAGUUGGCAUUUUCCGUGUAGGGAGCUCAAAGAAGAGGGUACAGCAGCUGAGAGAGGAAUGUGACCAGCGUGUAGAGGUCCAACUGGAUGAGGAGCACAGUGUCCAUGAUGUGGCCGCGCUGCUCAAGGAGUUCCUGAGGGACAUGCCUGAUCCCCUACUGACCAGGGAGCUCUACACCGCCUUCAUCAACACCAUGUUACUGGACCAUUCAGACCAGGAGAGCACCAUGCAGCUGCUGAUGUACCUGCUCCCAACCUGCAACAGUGACACCCUGCAACGCCUCCUGGAGUUCCUGGCCACGGUGGCCGCCCAUGCCGAAGACAGCCAGGACAAGGACGGACAGGAGAUCACAGGGAACAAGAUGACAUCGCUCAACCUGGCCACUGUCUUUGGGCCCAACCUUCUACACAAGCAGAAGAGUUCGGACAAGGAGUUUGCUGUCCAGAGUUUUGCCCGUGCCGAGGAGAGUACAGCCAUCAUAGGCGUGGUACAGAGGAUGAUCAGCACAUACGAGACCCUCUUCAUGGUGCCACCUGACCUGCAGAAUGAGGUUCUAAUUAGUCUGCUGGAGACAGAUCCUGAUGUGGUGGAUUACCUGCUGCGGAGGAAGGCUUCUCAGUACUCUGGUCCAGGCCUGCUGAUGAUUGAGGAACCCUUCUCUCUGAGUGAGAGGCGCUGCUCCAGUGACUCCAACAGUGGGGAUGUGUCCCCCUAUGACAACAACUUUCCAGUGCUGUCAGAGCGCCUGCUCUCCCAGGGCCAACUCUCUGAAAGGCUCUUCAGAGUCCCUGAGCAGUACACACUGGUUCCCAUAGAGACGUUUCAGAAUGCAGCUCUUGUGGCUCAUUGGAGGGAUUCGACGGUCACUAAGUUAACAACAGCAAACAGCCUGUCAGAAAAACUUACACCUCAAUUGUUGUGCCUGAGUGCAGGCCACACCCCCCAGUGACUCUCUGCAGCAGCAGCCCUCUGACGAAGAGAGGGCAGAGAUUGGAGGGUACAGACCUGUUAUUACAUUUCCAACCACCGGGCCAACCGGGGUGCUGCAACUCAGAGGACAUUGCACUAAGGGGCGGAAUGGGACAGCCUGCCAGUCCCUCCCUCAGAGGCAGGCCUGGCUGCAGGGUGGACGGAAGGCCUCCCCCUUCCUACCCUGGUCCUCUCAGAGGAACUCACUCCACACCUUCCCUCUGCCUCUCCAGAAUCCACAACGGCCUCCCCAGCGCAGCAGCAGCCCAGGGCCCCAGACUGUGGCCCCUACGACCCCCUACUCUGGUCCUCUGGAAGGGAAAGUGUCAGGCAGCCCAGAGUGGCAGAAGGAGAGGUGGCAGAUAGGGCAGCUCCUAUCAGCAGACAAUACAGACAUUCUACCAGAGACACUGGUGUGAUGUAUACACACACUCACUACUUCGUCCUUUUCUAAGUUGUAAGUUAAACUUACUGAGAUGUGCCAAUUGUCUGUGAGUACCAGCAUGUCAGUUUGUUAAUGUUGUUAUUUCACUCUUGACAGUUUUCAUAUUUCAGAAGUCUGACUCCAACCUUUUGCCACUAUAACAGGGACACAAAUUAGCAUCACUGACAUCUGAUUUAAAAAAUAUAUAUAUAUUACUCUGAACAAUGGUGUGAGAAUGAAUCUGAAUGUAUCCUAAAAGUAUUAGUACUAAUAGCAUACAUGCAAUGUUUAUUUUUUAUAUUGUAACAUCACACUGUGAGAUAUAAUGCAGAUAUGUUAUAACCAAAAUCAAAUACUACUUUCUUAGUGAAACAUGACAUCAAAUGAUGUUCGAUGCUACAAGUGUCUUUGUGUUAUUUGUAUCUUGGUGGAGCUAUUGCCAAACAAAUGAACAUUGAUUGUUUGUGUUUUUGAUAUUGAACUUAACUUUGCUGUUUUGGUUACUAGCUUUGUAAAACUCAUUUUAAUGUUUGUGGCCUUCUGCAACUGAUUCUAAUAGUAAUUCAUUCAUUCAUUCACGCAUCCAAAUACAACAGUAACUGCCAUCCACCUGUUUACAUUAUUUGAUGGGAAAAAUGAAACUGGAAGAUACAGAACAUUAUGAAUGUAAUUCCACAAUAUGGAGUAUAGAAAAGGAGAAAUGCAUCACUCAGUUUGUUCUUGAAUGCCACUGUCAUGAAAUGUACCAAGUUAGUUAGUUUUAUUCUGCUCCCCUAUUAUUUUUGUAGCUUUUUGAGGGUAAAUUAAGGUACUGUACUAAGAUAUAAAUAUGGUAAUGACUUUCACUGAGUUUUUCGUUGGUGUUUGAACAUUUACUGCAAAUAUUGUUUGUUUGUCCUGACCAAACAUUAUGCCUUAGUAACAACUACAGUAUUGUCUCUGAGAUUGCUAGCCAUGCUAAUAAGACUUUUUCAUGUUCACCUUGACUUAACAUUACGAUGCUAAUGCUAAUAAUAAUGCUUUUGUACCUUGUGCAACAUCAGUAUUGAAAUGUUUUUAUUCUAAUCAAGCUGCUUUAAUACUGUAUUAUUGCCAACUCGAACCCUUCUUCAGCCUGAUUGUAUUACUGUAUGUGCAUUUUCCUAUGACUUCCGUGAUGGAAUAAAUGUGAUAUUAGUAAUCUUA